AUUUCAGCAACUAUUACAAUAUAUAUUUUAACGGAUUAUAUCAAUGUGGUCGGUAACGGUCUCUAAAAACUUGCUCUACUGAAAAAAAGUGGAAAAAAACACCAUUUCCGAGAACACAACGUUCGAGGGUUUGAGCACCGAGUGUACUAACAAACUCCAUACCCCGAGUUAGAGGCGGCAGCGGGGCCUGAACCUCCGACGCUCUUUUAAUUAAGCCUCCAGCCCAUAACCAAGGCCACAAGGUCACCACUAAAGGAGGAAAAUCGUUGUCAGCAUAAUCAUUUGUUGAGGUUCAAUCAUUCCAAUGCAUCUCUGCUAGUCUCAAUUCCUCAGGCCCAGAAAUUCCAGUUAUCUGAUUUUUUAAUGGCACGAUAUUAAAAUAAAAACUUAAUAUUAUUCGAGUCAGGAACUUAUAAUCAGUAGUCCAAUUUCUGUAUGGAUGAGGGCUUGGCUUAGAGGUAGGAAGCAGAGAGUGAAAAUCAAUGGUAAAAUAUCCGACUGGGCAAUGUUACGAGUGGAGUCCCGCAGGGGUCGGUGUUGGGUCCACUGCUUUUUAUCAUUUACAUCAAUGAUUUGGACACAUGAAUUAGUAGUGAUGUCAGUAAGUUCGCAGAUGAUAACAAGAUCGGUAGAGUAAUCCAAUCAGACCAGGAUGCUAGCGUUCUCCAGGAUGAGCUAGACAGACUAUAUGAUUGGGCGGGGAAGUGGCAGAUGGAAUUCAAUGCCGGGAAGUGUAGUAUUUUGAGUGUAGGUAGGAACAACCCCUCACACAGUUAUUUCUAAAAUGACACUCCUCUAAGUAGGUCUGGGUGUGAGAGAGACUUAGGAGUCUUAAGCCCCUUUCCCACCUUCAGAAAUUCUAUGCCGAUGAGCUACGAUCUUAACAUCGUGAUGCAUCGUGAGGUAUCGUGAUCAACUUAUAAUGAGCACUGACCUCCAUCCUAGGGCUCAAUGCAUUCAAGCUAAGAAUCGUACAAACAGGGUACUUGGUUUCAUCUCAAGGAGCGUAAGCAAUAGGAGCCCUGAAGUCAUCCUCAAACUUUACAUAGCACUAGUUAGACCUCACCUUGAUUAUGCGGUCCAGUUCUGCUCACCCUACUACAGAAUUGAUAUCAAGAUGUUAGAAUCUGUGCAGAGGAGGAUGACAAAAAUUAUUCAAGGAGUGAGAAACGUGCCGUGAGGAUAGACUGAACCAUUUAAAUCUGCAUUCUCAGGAAAGGCGAAGGUUACGAGGAGACUUGAUCGAAGUUUACAAAUGGAUGAAGGGCUUUAAAAAGGGGAUGUUAAUAAGGUUUUGGUUGUAAAAGAGCCAGGUAGGACACAGCACUGAUUAAGUUUGGUGAAUUCAGAUUCAACAAAGACAUAGGCAAGAAUUGGUUUGCCAAACUCCUUACUUCUUCUGUUCUUCUUAUGUUCUUAUCAUUGGUGGUGGAUGAGUGGAACAGGCUUGGCAGUUAUGUUGUGAGUGCAAAUACCAUAGAUACAUUCAAGAAGAGUUUGGAUAAAUUAGUGGAUAGUGGGGUAAGGUGGGGUUAAGCUUACAGGAGCGGCAUUGUAUAGACCAACCGGCCUCUUGCAAACUCCUUAAAUUCUUCUAUUCUUCUUAUGUUCUUAUCAUUGUUAUUAAGUGCCCCGAGCCAGUCAACCUUGUAAACAAUGCAGCGGCUAGUGUUUCGAGUUAUUCUUAUCAUUACAUUAAUAUUACAAAGACUUCGUUUCACUAGAACUUUAGAAAAAUUAUCUUCAAACUUAUUGUGAUGCGACCCAGUUUUGGCGGCCUUCUAGUCUAGAUGUGCCGUAGUGACCCUGACACGCACUCGGAUGCGCGCGCGCGCGCGCAACAACAAAAAAUAGGUCAAGUUAGAGCGUAGUUGAUGAGUCAGCGUAGAUAAGGAAGUGGAGGGCGGAAGAGAGGAGGAGGAGGAGGAAUCUCGAGGAAGAAAGGAUGUGGGGUGAGGACGGAUGGAAGGUGGUGGUUCUCGUGACUUGGAGAGGAAGGGAUUGAAGAGCUCUGGCACACACACACACACACACACAAAAAAAAAAAAAAAACACGCACGCAGAGCAACGACAGAAAAUGUUUCUACAUGUCCCGCCAGGCACCGUCAGGCUCAUCCCAUUACCGCGCCUCAAAUCAUGUCUUCCUCGACCGCUAUACCGCAUGAUGGCGGGUGCCGCCGUCUGGAGAGGUGCAACGAAUAACGCACUUAAUUUGAUUCUAUAUAUAACGAUCACUCUCCUUUGUAGGCGUUUUCUUUGUGUCUAUAUUUAGAAGGAGACGCAUGGCAUCUGGCGGGUGUCGUGACAGAGGGAGGGCGGGAGAGCUGGACGGAGGGGGUCUGAAGGGUAUCCCGAAAUGGAAGCCACCUGCCUCAACUUCCGACCCACCUUCGUAUCGAGGCCAGUGGCGGCGGGGAGGGACAGUUCACAUCUCGCCGCGUCGUUGUCUCGGCCACCCGAGAUUCACGUGCAGCUCAUAAGGACUUUUUCCUCGAUCCCUAAGGAUUCUCUGGGGAAGGUGAACCAACGAAAUUCCUGCUUGUAAGGAAAAGGAGAGUAGGACGUGAUUGUUCUUUCUUCAUCACCUGUCUGCUCAAACGUCGCAAUUCAAGCAACUUUCGGAAGUACGAGACGGUCUGCUGCUGCCGCGUGUGUGCCUCAGGUCGACACUCUCCCGACUCUCCACGCAGGGCUGGUCGAUCCUUCAGCCACGUCCUGACUUGAAUUCAGUACAAACUGCACUUCCCACGCCAGUGUUUUUGACAUACUAGACUAGAGCACCACGCUGCUUGAUAAAUUUGUUCCCCUACCACGCUGCUUGACAAACGCGUUCCCCGGUGUGCAAAAAGCAAAAACCGGGUUAAGCUUAAUUCAAGGAACAAAUAUUGGCAAGCAUUUACCCCUCGUCACAAUGUUGAACGAGGUGAUCGGUUCUAUCCCCGGCCAUGCGGAUGCUUCUCUCACACACCUGCCCGACAGCCACACACGACCCGUCUCUGACGUGCCCGUUGGCGCCUCACUGUUGUGGGCGUUCCUCCUCGCAACAGCACACAACCUCAGCAACCCAAAACACGAGGCGGCCCAGGAUGGCCUGCCACAAGCCACGCCGGAAGCCACAACUAUGACGUCAGAGGAGGUGUUCUUCUUGAAGUACCCGACUCUGCCGCCACGAGAAAGAGUCACGACUCCCGCUGGCGUGUUCACCGUCUUGUAUCCACCCAGUUCUUCCCCGCCGCCUACCGAGACAAUGACGCUGCCUUUUCCUUCUACGGCACCCAAAACAAUUCCAGAGCUGCCUCCCUCUCAGCCGGAGACGUGGCCAAACAACCACAGUGAGCAGCCACACGUCAAGACCUUAGAACGAACGAACCAAGAAGCGACAGGAGGGCAAGUGAACGCGUCAGGCGGCAGUGUUCCCGGCUUGCCCCACCUCCCAGCCAGGCUGACCCGUCAGGACGAUGGAGGCGCGAGGCAGAUGGCCGAGAACACAGUGUUGUUUCUCGGCAACGGUAAACUGUCGCAAGAACUUUCUACUUUGACACAGGAGCUGCCUGAACCUAGUGACGGUGACAAGUUACCAGGACCAGAACUACUCACGGGUUCACCAGCAUUCGAACCGUCACCAGAAUCCUCGGCUCAACCAGAACCGUCACCAAUGCCCUCGGCGGAACCAUCAUCACCAGAGCCCUCGGCGGAACCAGAACCAUCACCAGAGCCCUCGACGGAACCAGAACCCUCCCCGGAGCCCUUGACGAAACCAGAAUCUUCUCCAGAACCUUCAGCGGAACCAGAGCCUUCUCCAGAGCCCUCGACGGAACCAGAACCCUCACGAGAACCCUCAACGGAACCAGAACCCUCGGCGGAACCAGAACCAUCACCAGAACCCUCGGUGGAACCAGAACCAUCACCAGAACCCUCGGUGGAACCAGAACCGUCACCAGAACCCUCGGUGGAACCAGAACCGUCACCAGAACCCUCGGUGGAACCAGAACCAUCACCAGAACCCUCGGUGGAACCAGAACCGUCACCAGAACCCUCGGUGGAACCAGAACCAUCACCAGAACCCUCGGUGGAACCAGAACCGUCACCAGAACCCUCGGUGGAACCAGAACCGUCACCAGAACCCUCGGUGGAACCAGAACCGUCACCAGAACCCUCGGUGGAACCAGAACCGUCACCAGAACCCUCAGUGGAACCAGAACCGUCACCAGAACCCUCGGCGGAACCAGAACCGUCACCAGAACCCUCGGCGGAACCAGAACCUUCCCCAGAGCCCUCAGCGGAACCAGAACCAUCAAUAGAGCCCUCAGCGGAACCAGAACCAUCAAUAGAGCCCUCAGCGGAACCAGAACCAUCAAUAGAGCCCUCAGCGGAACCAGAACCAUCAAUAGAGCCCUCAGCGGAAACAGAACCAUCACCAGAGCCCACAGCGGAAACAGAACCAUCACCUGACCCUUCAGCGGAAACAGAACCAUCACCAAAACCUUCAGCGGUACCAGAACCCUCCCCAGAGCCCUUGACGGUACCAGAACCCUCCCCAGAGCCCUUGACGGUACCUGAACCCUCCCCAGAAUCCUCAGCGGAACCAGAGUCCUCAGCGGAACCAGAACCGUCACCAGAGUCCUCGGAGUUAGAUCCUACCCCAGAGCACUCACUGGAACCAGGGUCUUUACCACAAGAACCCUCCACGGAAUCAAAGCUUUCCGCUGCUACCUCAGAGACGUUGACGGUACAACAUCCUUCAGCAGAACCCUCAGCGGUGUCAGGACUCCCAGCAAGCCUUCCAGAGCCACUGACAGCCUCAUUAGUCCCGACAGAACCCCUUGGCGGCGGGUUGGCAGCGGUUGCGCCACUCACAGGCUCAUCCGCAGCGGAAGAGCUUGACGCGGACGAAGAAACCAAGGAAACACUCGCGUCACCAUCCACACAGCCAUUGAAAGGCACGGCGGCGUCACAGAAGGCUCCAGAAGAAGACAGUGCCCAUCCCUCAGCGGCCCAUACCUCGCAGUCCCCAAGUAACAACCCUUCCGAGGCCUACGAAGUGUUAUCUCCCCACGAGGCUAACGGGACUGCGAAUGAGACGGCGGAGGGAGAGCUCUUGGCGGGUUCGGGGACUGGCGGGAUCGAGUGGACGACCUUCAAGGCGGUGAUGUUCGUGGUGCAGUUCGUGAUCAUGGUGGAGACGGUGCUCGGGAACCUGAUGGUGAUCCUGUCGGUGAAGAUGGAGAAGAAGCUGCAGACGCCCUUCAACUACUACAUCGUCAACCUGGCCUUCACCGACAUGAACGUGGGCAUCUCCGUCAUGUCGCUGUUCAUGUUCUACAACCUCUACGACUACUUCCCCUUCGCCGCGCCGCUCUGCCACUACUGGGUCUGGAGUGACUACACCAUGACCUUCGAGUCCGUCAUGACCCUCGCCGCCAUCAGCGUGGACCGGCUGUGGAGCGUCACAUGGUCUCUUCAUUAUCGUAACUACAACUCGGGGCGCAAGUCUCUCUACAUCAUCCUGGGAACGUGGUGUCUCGUGGCGCUGAUCUGGCUGCCGCCCUUCCUCUACGACCGCUUCGUCAACGACUACAACGAGGGGGACUGCUACUGGGAUACCGUACUCAACAGAAACCUGGUGGUAUUCGUGGGCUGCAUGGGUUACUACAUGCCCCUGCUCGUCAUGCUCGUGGCCUACGCCAGGAUCCUGUGGGUGGUGAGGAAGCGGGCGGCCUCCAUCAGGGACGCCGGCAGGAAGUUACGGGAACAGCCUAGCGUACAAGCAGACCCAAGCUCGGGAGGAGGAGGAGGAGGAAGUGGAGCAGGAGGGGAUCAGAGGAGGCUGGUGGCGGGGUCGGCGGCGGCAACUCAGGCGAAGGACGACAAGCAGGAGGCGAAGCUGAGGAGGGAGAUGAAGGCGGUGUACACGCUGCUCAACAUUGUGGUGAUCUUCCUGCUCUGUUGGGUGCCAUUCUACAUCCUCUUCGUGCUGAGCGCCUGGUUCCCCACGCUGUUCCCUACCUGGUACGUCACAUUCAGCUACUGGAUGGCCUACAUCAACUCGGCCGUCAACCCUGUCCUGUACCCGCUGUCCUCGCCCGAGUUCCGCCAAGCUUACAAGAAAGUGUUGCUCACGGUGAUUGGGCGCGCCUGAGAUGCUGGCGGCGGCGGGGAGGGAUGCUGCUUGUGAAUAUCGUCACCUUCGUAAACAAACCGCCGAAGUCAUUAUUUUCUACUUUACAGGAAAUCAGAAAAGAACUGUCAUCAUGUUAUUUGACUUAAGAUUUAGGCAGAAAUGAAACGGCCAAUUCCAGAACACUCAAACCCUGAAUGACGAAGGCAACUGUACAAAAAUGGGCGUCACAUGAUGAAAAAUUGAUGUAAACAAAAACCUGGAAAUCACUGAAAAAUGACUUUGGCGAUUAUUUUAUGAGGGUGACGAUAUGCUAGUGCUGACGGAUGUUAUAUUGAUGAUGGGUGAUAUUCGUGAUGCUAGACAAGAACUACAACAAUACAAAACAAUACUACUACAAGUUACCUUUUUUUCAAGUAUUAGUGCCGGCAGAUGUUAUAUUGAUGAUGACAUAUUCGUAAUGAUAUAUUGAUGAUGACAUAUUCGUAAUGCUAGACAAGAACUAUAACAAUACAAAACAACAAUACUACUACUUCAAAUUACCUUUUUUUCAAGUAUUAGUGCCGGCAGAUGUUAUAUUGAUGAUGACUGAU